AUGGAUGGAGGAAGUGGUCUGAAUCUGCUAUUUGCCAGCACGAUGAAAGCAAUGGGCCUAACAGUCGACAUGCUGAGAGAGUCCGACACGGGAUUCCACGGCAUCAUACCGACUCGACCCGCUUAUUCCCUUGGUAAAAUAUCACCAGAUGUAGUUUUCGGCACACCUAGCAACUUUAGAAAGGAAAAAAUCGAGUUCGAAGUGGUUGAUUGGGAAUCUCAGUAUCAUGCCAUCCUCGGCAGACCAGCGUUUGCUAAGUUUAUGGCAGUUCCCCAUUAUGCGUACCUGAAGUUGAAGAUGCCGGGCAAUAAUGGGACAACUCUAACCGUCCAUGGAAGCUUCUCCCGCUCAGACAGCUGCGACAGAGAUUUCCAAAAGAUCGCCUCGAAAUUCGGGGCGAAGGAAGAACUUAAUGCGGUUGACACUGUUACGGACCACGCACAGCCACCAGCAGACAAUCGCAACGUAAGAUCUGACGAAUUUGACGUCGCGAAGGAAGCAAAGAAACAGCAGGUGCAUCCCUCUGACCCGAAGAAGACAGUCAAUACUUCGGCAGACCUCACUGUCGCAUAG